AUGGAGAAUGUGGAGAAGAUAUACAUCCGGAACAAAGCCGACCUCUCGGAUAACUUCUUUUACUUCUACAACUGGGUCAAGCUGAACUUUAAUACGUGCCUGAUCAUAAGCGAGAAUAGCAGCCUGCGGAGCAGCGUCGUGUUGGAGCUGCUCAAUGGGAAGAGGCUCGUGCUGAGUGAAAUCAACGUGUGUGAAGCGUUAUUUCGGCUGACCUGCGGUGGGGUCGGCGAUGCGGUCGGGGAUGCGAUUAGCAAUCCGGUCCGCAAUCCCAUCAGGGACCAUCUUGCUGCUCACUGUCGUGAUUCCCUGCGCGGGGAGGAGCUCAAGUUCUACCUGAAGGGGCAGCUUGCGAGCGACAAGCCGGUCGACGAGGAGUUCCUUCAAAGGGUGGAAGCCGAAAUGGCGCUGCAGAAGGUGUUUUGCAGAGAGAAGCUGAGCUUCGUGGACUUCCUCCUUUUCUCCAUUUUUAAGAAAGCCAAAGUGGAGCGACUGGAGGACCCCGAAGGUAGGUACCCCCAUGUCAGCGCAUGGCUUUCCCAAAACAACUUCACCAUAAAGGAGGAAGACAUGACCUCCUUUGCGAGCACUAACUUUAUCCAACAAAUAAUUGAGGACGAUUUGAAGAGAAAGAAACAUACUUGUGUGAUUACGAGAUUUCCACCUGAACCGAAUGGUUACCUGCACCUGGGUCAUGCAAAAAGUAUAUGUCUCAAUUUCGGUCUGUCUGAAAAAUAUGGAGGGAGGACGCACCUACGAUUUGAUGACACCAACCCAGUGACGGAGGAAGUGAGAUACAUAGAAUCCAUUAAGGAGGAUGUCAAAUGGUUAGGAUUCGAUUGGAAGGAACAUUUGUAUUUCGCGUCGGACUACUUUGAUCAGUUAUACGAAUGGGCCAUCCAACUGAUAAAGCAGGGGGAUGCAUAUGUCGAUGAUCAAUCCAUUGAAGAGAUAAGAAAAAAUCGAGGGAGUUUGAAGCAGCCCGGGGUUAAUUCUCCAUACAGAGAGAGAAGUAUUGAAGACAAUUUGACCCUGUUUAGGAAAAUGAAACUAGGAGAGUUCGCAGAAGGAGAGAAGGUACUCCGAGCCAAGAUUGAUAUGUCAUCAGGGAACAUAAACUUAAGGGAUCCUAUCCUAUAUCGCAUUAUGCAUAAGACGCAUCCGAAGAGUGGAGACAAAUGGGUGAUUUAUCCAAUGUAUGACUUUGCACACGGGCAAUCUGAUUCCAUAGAACGAAUUACACACUCGAUCUGUACUGUCGAAUUUGAAACGCAUAGACCGCUGUAUGACUGGUUCCAGGAGAAGCUUGGAAUAUAUAGGACGAGACAAAUUGAGUUUGCUCGUCUAAACGUUACGUACAUGGUGAUGAGCAAGAGGAAGCUUCUAACUCUGGUGAAUGAGAAGUACGUGGAUGGAUGGGACGACCCACGCAUGCCAACGAUCUCUGGGAUGAGAAGAAGAGGGUACAGUCCAGAAGCCAUCAAAGAUUUCUGUGCCAAAGUUGGAGUCGCAAAGAGGGAGAAUAUCAUUUCUUAUGAGUUACUAGAAUUGUGUGCAAGGGAAGAUAUGAAUAAGAAGUCAAAGAGGCUCUUUGCCAUUUUAAAGCCUCUAAAAGUCGUCAUCACCAAUUUCGUUCCGAACGAUGAGAAGUUGCAUGAGCUCACUGCAUUGAACCAUCCGAAGAAUGAAUCCAUGGGACAGAGGACAUUGAAAUUUGAACAAGAGAUCUACAUCGAUGAGGAAGACUUUCAUGAAAAUCCCCCCGAUCAUUUCUAUCGACUAGCUCCCAACAGGACCGUCCGACUGAGGUAUGCCUUCUACAUUACGUGUCAGGAAGUGGUGAGGGAUGAAGCCACCAACCGGAUAGUCGAGCUGAGGUGCACCUACGACCCGGAGAGUAAGAGCCGCGGGAAUGUCAGCCAAGGCGGCGUCACAGCUAUGCAAAGCGGCGCCACGGCUAGCCAAUCCUGCGCGGAAAGUUUGAAGAAAAUAAAAUCCACCAUCCACUGGGUAGCUAAGUCGAAUGCCCAAAACGCGCAGUUCAGAAUCUACGACAAGCUCUUCACCAAGCCCAACCCUGAAUCGAACGAGGACGAUGAGGACGUGGAGAAGCUCAUGGAAAACUACACAGUACAGCUGGACAGGCAAAACAGCUGCCCGGAGGAGGAAGAAGCGGAGGAGGAAAAGACUCCCCCGGAACAGCAAAGCGAACUGGAAGGAAAAGACAACCUAGGGUGGAGAAAAUACAUCAACAAGAAUUCGCUGCAGAUCCACCAAGGAAUCGUGGAGAAAUACGCAUCCAGCUGCAGUGUGGGAGAAGCUAUUCAGUUCGAGCGUAUUGGCUUCUUCACAAAGGAUAAGGAUUCCACGGAGGAUUGCCCCGUGUUCAAUUUGACCGUUGCGUUGGUGGAGAACAGUGCGCUCAAGAAGAAGGAGGAUUUAGUGAAGAAGGAAUUGGACCGUCUGAAGCGGGAGAAAGCUGCCUCCGAGCGCCGCCUCAAGCGGGAGGAGCGCAAGCUGCGCGAGCAGCGCAAGUUGGAGCAGGCGGCGGGGGGGAAGGGCGAUGCGAGCGAAGUUAGCGGUGUCAACGGGGUAGAGUAG